UACCGGCUUAUAUAUAAAAUAAUACUUUUUAAAAAAAAGCCGUUUUUACUCUUUAUUAAAGAGUAUAAUAAUAAUUAUUUUAUAUCGAUUAAGCUAAGUAUCCCGUAUUAUUAUAAAACUUUUUUAAAAAUAAUAGAAUUAUUAACUUUUAAUAAAUAG